AUGUCGGGCUUAGAAGGCUUCGCGACUCUUUGCGAUGAGUGUCGCAACAUAUUCGAAGGGCUUUGGCUGCCCAAGGAAUGGAAAAGACCUGCCAGCGAAGUACCCUCUGACACCAAUAACGAAGGCAACCACGAGGAGAGUGUACUGGUACCCGCUGAUGGUGGUCCCUGGCGCUCGCAACUGCCUCAUCCCGGCGAUUAUAGCAGCAUCUCACCAGGGCCAUACCCGUAUCAGCAUAACUGGGUUAAAGUUCUUGGUGUGAACAGCGUCACCGCGUCGGGCAAGCCGAUCUUUUCUUACUCAUCCCCUGUUCACCACAAUAUACUACGUCUUGAGGAAUGCGCCGGGAGUAACUGCCAUAUUUGCACGAUGCUCUGGGACAGGCUUCCUGGGAUACCUGGCAUAGUAAAACGAGCGCAGUCCCCAAAACAUGUCGAAAACUGGCCUGAAGACCCCGAGGAAGCCCUGCGAAGGAUUGAGGGCGUUGUGGUCAUACGUCCUGCAAGAGAUGCGGGACAUCUUUACCUCGAGGUAAUGUACUUUAUUGACGGGCUGGUGAGACCGGGCGGUCCUUUGUUUUCGGUUACUCUUGAUCUAUAUGCCUCUGAUGUUCUCGCUGAGUUGUUGCCCGAGCUUGCUGAAUCGGGCGGUGUGGCGCCCGUCGACGCCUUCGAGCACUUGGAUCACUGGCUAGAAGACUGCACCGCCAAUCACGUCCAUUGCAAGGAGCGUGUAUCGCGAAUGCAAGGCGAGAUGGCCGAAAGAACGCUUCCCACGCGACUUCUGGAAAUCGAAACGACGGAGGACGAGCCGCGUGUCUGCCUUCGCGAGACCAAAGAUCUUCCCUUAGACAUCCGGUAUAUGACUCUGAGCCAUUGCUGGGGCGGCGUACUCAAGCUGAGGCUGUUGAACGAACUGUACCAGCAGUUUACGGAGGCCAUUCCCUUCUCCAGUCUCCCCCAGACGUUCCAAGACGCGAUUGAUUUCACUGGAGCUCUAGGAGUAAAGUAUAUAUGGAUCGAUGCGCUCUGCAUAAUCCAAGACUCGACGGAGGACUGGUUACAUGAAGCGUUGCUCAUGGCAUCUGUUUACUCUUACUCCUGGCUGAAUCUUGCAGCAACAUCUUCCAGUAGCGGAGACGGUGGUUUCCGCCUUGGGGAAAGCCAGUUCCUUGCCGAACCCUGCAUCAUUGACACCUCUUGGGAAGGCCUCACACCUGAUGACUACGUGUGCGUCGAUCUUACGACAUGGACCCGACAUGUCGAAGAGGGCCCCCUCAAUCAGCGAGCAUGGGUGUUCCAGGAACGAAUGCUAGCACCAAGGACGGUCCACUUUGCGUACGACCAGCUCUGGUGGGAAUGUGCCCAUACACGUGGGUCUCAGUGCUUCCCUCAUGGCGUUCCUACGACCGGCCCUCGCCUAGGCGACCCGGAUGUAAUCAACCCCGUCACGAAGUUGCUCGAGCUGGACAAGGACAAUCUGACAGCAUCCAUCAGCCACUGGCUUGAGAUUGUCAGUCACUACACCACAACACGCCUGACGUUCGGCUCGGACAAACUUGUUGCGCUUGCCGGCGUCGCUCGUGCCGUUCACAAUUACCUGAAUCUCCCUGAAAACUCCUGUCUGGCCGGCCACUGGCGCAUCGACCUAGAGCUCUCUCUGCUCUGGCACGUCGCGCAUAUCCGCCUCGCAAAGCGCCCGGAUGUGUACCGGGCGCCCUCGUGGUCUUGGGCCUCUGUUGAUAGCGAGAUUUAUUUCGAAGAGUAUCCGCCACGUGACACCAUGCGGGAGCAUCUAGUCGCGGAGGUUGUGGAGGUGGAGACCACUCCUGUCAGUAGCGUUUUCGGCCCUGUCACAGCUGGCUUCCUCGUGCUGCGUGCACCACUGCGCCGCGUUACUUUCGCGAGCCCAGGCCUGGAUCCUGAAUCCGAGGUUCCCUGCCUCGAGAAGCUCCGGAUUGGCUCAACGUUGCUCGAAGGCGCUGGGUUCUGGGAAUAUAUGGACGAUGUAUCCUUAUACGAGCAGUGGCCUGUGGAGGGGAAGACAGUGUAUUUCGCCCCGAUAGCAACUCCGAAACCGUAUGGCACAAAAGUCCGUGCGAUGGGACUUGUGCUCGAAGCCACAGGUGCCGCCUGUGGGGAGUACCGCCGAAUUGGCUCGCUCACUGUCUCACAUGAAUCCGCAGUGGAGAUGCUGGAUGAGGCGCUUCGUGAAUCCGCGCUUACGGAUGAGGAAUACUUACUUGAUGAUCGCAUGGGCCGUUACACUUUCAAGAUCGUAUAA